AUGCGCUCCACCGGUCCGUCGACGAAGCGAACGAGCUCGGCGUGGAAUACCGAGAGUGAGCUCCGAUGGCGACCGAUGGUGGGAAUCGUGAUAUGCGCGUGCGCGUGCGCGAUGCACGGGUAUCUCACGCUGGCGGUGAUCGGGGCGUUCACUCCGGAGACGUACUCGACGGGAUGGACGGGGGUGGAUAACGCGCUGCGGGACGACCUCGCGCGUUCGGCGUUGCCGACGCUGAUACCGGGAACGAUUGCGUUCGUGUACUUUAAUUGGCUCGCGGCGAGGUUCUUCGAGCACACGUAG